GGAUUCACAUUCAUUUCGUGCGAUGUGAAAAAUAAAAAUGGCUGUAAAUAUCUCGAUAUCCGAGCGCUAUCGGUGAAAAAUAACAGUUUGACAGUGUUUUUGAGCAAAUUCUAGCCCGAAAGUUGGUGCCGUAGUUGGGCAUUUGCCCGGUGGACACCGGAGUGGUAAAAUUCUGUGGAUUUGACCUGUGGAAAGUGGACUUUUGAAGGUUUGAAAGAUUUUGCUCGGAUGGUGUCUCGUAUAUUGACGCAAACUUUUUCUUAUAUUGUGAAGUGAUCUAAGUGGUAGCUAUUGAACAAGUUACACAAACUAAAGGUAGGAUAAUGUGUUGUUUUCUAGUGAUUAGUGAAUGUAUAGUGAACCAAUAAUGAAAUUUUGUGUGCAUACCAGACAUCAAUAUCAAAAGACGCCGAUGUCCAGUCAGUGUCGCGAAAUUCCAGGGCCGAAUCAUUCUGGCUGAAGUGAGAAGCAACUCGUGGAGUAUGAAGCAGAAGGAGCAGGAAGAAGAAAUAUUAAAAAUUAGUGCUGGUAUGAGCGAACAUCUGCGUUCGACGUUCCUGUAAAUAUAUGAUGCUGAUGCUGAUGGGAGAGAUGAAAUGUAUCAAAUAAGUCCAUUAUCUCCCUCAAUACCUGUACAGAGUGCUAAAGAAUAAUUCAAAUAAUCGAUAUCGUUACUCGGAGUGGUGCAAAGAGGUGCUAUACGCGUCCAACACGAGUGGAAGUGGAGGUAGAAUCGAGUAGAUCUGGUUUCGGAGCGAAGCUUCGUCAAAUCGGUCUGUGUGUGCUGAUAGUAUUUAUGUGUAUGUGAAGCUGAACCCAGCUGGGAAGAAGUAAGAAGUUUCAGUGGAAAAGUAAAUCGCUCUUGGGCGGUAAAAAUAACCAGAAAAAAAUAGCCCGAGAAAUGUAUCCAGAAAAGUGACGUAAGGAGAAGGCAGCAGCUGAAGAAAUCACGUGUAAUCACAAGCAGGAGCAGUCCAGCAAAAGGGAAGAAUCGCGCAAAAUCUGGUUGUUGCGCUCUCCCGUUCUUCUCAGUUGAGGAGCAGAAGAUCCGGUGUUUUAGGUAGUGUGUUGUAGUCGUCGUCGUCGGCAUCGUUGUCGUCGGCGCGCACACACACCUGUGUCAAGAUAGGGAAAAUGGACAAGGAUGGUGACAAGAAGGGUGGCGACAAGAAAGGUGGGCAAUCCGGAGCCGGCUUGGGAGGCGCAGCCGGUGUUCCGGAUCCUGCCUCACUGCUAGAUGCUGCGUCGUUGUUCGCAUACUGGGGCCGUGAUCCCUCGGCAAUGGCAGCAGCGGCGGCAUCGAAUCCCCUGUUCGGAUCCCAGUUCGCCAUGCCAGGAGGCCUCGGAGGUCUGAUGCCGAAUGCGGCGGCGGCUGCAGCGGCCGCUUCGGGUGGCGGAACGGACCGAUACCAAAUGUCCCAUUCGCACCCCAACACGAUGGCCGUGGCCGCUUCGCAGGCAGCCUCCCUGGCCGGUUUGCAUUCCAGUUGGUGGUCCAUGGCACAACUAGCGGCACAGGAUUACUUUGCCCGGCUGCAGGCGUCCGGAAUGUCACAGUUGCAGUUUCCCCACGGAGCCGCUGAGCUGGCCGGAGCAUUUCCCGGAGGUCUGGGAGCACUGGGUGCCAUGGGUGCUGCUGGGGCAGCAGGAGCCGCUGCUGCGGGCAACAGCGGACCCGGGGGUUCCAACGGAAAGGGUUCCGGCGGUAGCAAAGGCAAGAAGCGCGACCGCAGCAGUAACAGUAAUAGCAGCAAUGCUAGCAGUACGGGAGGCGGGGCUGGUGGUAUGGGAGGCGGAGGUUCAGGAGGUUAUAAGAAUUCAUCCUCUCCGUCGGUAUCACAAGCCGCGGCAGCCGCUGCCUACAAACAGUCCCUCUACAGUCAGGCCACUCUGCACAAGGAGCUAAUGGCCAUCACAGCGGCGGCAGCUGCAGCACAAAGUCAGCAGGGUGCUGGAUCCGGUGGUAUGGGCGGAGGCGGCGCUGGCGGUCAAUCUGGAUCGUCCAAAUCCAAGUCGUCUUCAUCGUCACAUGGUAGCGGUGGCGGUAGUGGAGGAGGCGGCCGAGGAGGUGGAUCCGGUGGCAACAACCUAAACGCUAACGAUGUCCUCUCGUUGACGCGAGGUUCAUCGUCGUCGCCAUCGGUGAACUCAUCCAAAUCGCAACAGCCGUCACCCAGUGUGACCAUCAGUGCCAGCAAUUUGUCCAACACAUCGCCGGGAAACCACCUGCAGAAUCUGUCCCGAGGGGGAAAGGAUUCCGGUGGCAAAGGUAGCUCAGCAGCAGAUUUGAGCUUAAGUGCAUCGAUGAAUGCUCUGAAUACGCUUUCGCAGUUUGGAAAUCUGGAUCUCGCAACGCAGCAAAAUGUCACAGCAACGAUGAAUGCGCUAGCCGCCAGUUCUGCCAAGGCGAAAGACUACAUGUCCUCCGGAAUACUCAAUGAUCCGUCCUCACUUCUUGGGGUACGAUUACCUCCGGAUACCGAAAUCAUCAAGUACACUAGUUCCAUUGUUGGAUCAAAAGCUUCCGGUUCGAGUGGACGAGGAAACAAACGCGCCAGGAUGGAAUCGAACGAGUACGGCCAGCAAGGAGCAACUUCCGGAGGAUCCAUGACUACUGGAGGAAACGGCAACAACAGUAACAACAGUGGAGGUGCCACUAACUUGUCCGGUUUGGGUUCUAUGGGAUCCGGUGGUAACUCUGGCGGUGGCAAUAAUGAUCGAAUAGAAGUCAUCAAACUUCCACCGACCAUCACCUCAAACGGAGUUUACAAUGCCGGAAAAGGAAAAGAUGCAAUGUCCGAUCCAAUCAGCGAAUGGGCCGGUUUGAAUCUCAGUUCAAAGUCAUCCUCAUCGAUGGCGUCUUCGUUGGCAGCGGCAGCAGCAGCGGCUGUAGCGGCUGCUGUUAACGAACCUCAAGACGACGCACCCUUGAAUUUAUCGAUGAAACCGUCGAAGUCGUCGGAUAGCCGAGAAUCUCCAGCGCCACCGUCCGGUUCGUCGACACCUAGUGCCAAUAGUUUACAGAGUCUCAGCACAAUCACGGCCGCUCUGGGAGCAUCCGGUGGAUCCUCCGAUAGUACCCCACGAUCUCGACGGAAAUCCAACAAUAAGAAUCGCUCGUCUGCCGCGGCAGCAGCAGCAGCAGCAGCUUCGGCGGACCCCGCGGUUUCGGCCGCAGGUUUCGUCCUGGGUGGCAGCGCUUCCUCCGAUGGCGGCUUGAACAAUUCCCUCCACAGCAGUACCAUCAGUUCGCUGCUAUUGGCGGCCAGUGGCGCAAGUGGUGGUACUGGAACUACCACUACCGCUAGCAGCAGUAGCAACAACAGUGGCAACGGGAUCCUACAGUCAUCCGGUGGAAGCGUGGUUGCCACCCAGCUCGGGCUCAACAGUUCCCUGUCGGAGUUGUUGAAGAUCUCCAAUUACGAAGAAAGCGACUAUGCAGCGCUGAGCGGAUCGUCCCAAUUCAAGGAAGGUCGCCCACGAAACUUGGGUCGAGGCGUAUCGAAACCCAAAAAGAACACGGUGGCAUCUCUCCUAGCGCAAAGCCGUGCCGUGGGCUCAAAACCCUUGACCGCACAGCAACUGCUCACACAGGAAGCGGAAAUAGAAAAACUUCGCCAGGUAAUGAUCGAAGCUAGUCAAUCGAUGGACAGUACCAGCAAUACCAACACGGACACGGAAAGCGUGGCCGAGAGUGGCAUGUCCGAGUCGGAAGGCGAAGAGCAAAUCAACGUCAAGGAGCUGCGGGUACCGCUGGAAAAGGGCUGGCGCCGGGAGACGGUCAUCCGGGGUCUCACCAAGAACGGACAAAUCAAGGGCGAUGUGUUCUACUAUCCACCGCAAAGCUUGAACAAGAUGAAGGGCAUGAAUCAGGUGCAGUUGUACCUGGACCAGUUCAAACCCAAGGACUUGUCGCGGGAUAAUUUUAGCUUCUCGGCGAAAGCAAUUGUGGGAACGUUCUUGCAGCCGGCUCCUCCACCGUACGCAACCGAUGGUGAGUACAUUAAAAUGACGGACGUUGAAGUAGCUCGUCGUUUGGAGGAGCUGAAAAUGUUCACCCGGCACACGGCGCUGAACGUGGAGCAGAGGAUUGAGAUUGCCAAACAACAGCAAGCACUCCGAGAUGCCAAGAAGAUGGCCAAGGAUGAAAUUAGCAAGAAUAAGGAGAAGGCUCGUCAAGCUAAGGAAGCCGAACGGAACGAACGGUUAGAGCAGCAACGUAGGGAGCGUGAAAUGAAGAAUCAACAAGCUUUGGAGGCUAAAAAGAAGCGGGAGGAGGAAAUCGCCCGCCAAAAAGCCGAAGAAGCUGCAAGGAAACAACAGGAACUUCAAAAACAGAAAGAGCUGAUGUACGCCGUUGAAAUGGAACGAGAACGACGGCGGCAGCACAUGGCAUUGAUCAAGCAGUUAGAGCUGCGGCGGAAGUUUGAAGAGAAGGAGAAAAAGAAGCAUCAGGUUAUUCUGGACAAGUUGAUUCAACGCGAGAAGAAACUUGCCAUGCGCAAGCGAGACACCAGCAUCCUACAGGAAUUGAGAAAACCGCUGGAAGAUUCGGAAAUCGGGGAACAAACGGAACUCUUCACCAUACCCAGAAUCUCGGGUUUGAAACUCACCGGCCAAGGCUUUUCCGAUCUGCUCAUGGUCUUCGAAUUCCUGCACAACUUUGGCGAAACGCUAGGUUUUGGUGAAUCUACAGAAAUGGAAACACUGCCAACGCUACAGACUCUCCACGCGGCGUUAACGAGCGACAAUGCCGUGGAAGCCGAGGAAGAACUCCUCUCCGUGAUGACUCACCUGCUGGUGUGCGCUAUUGAAGAUCCGGGAAUUCCCAACCCCGGACGGCACACGACCCUGCUUGGCCAAACCCUUCGUCAGGCGGAUAUUACGCACUCGAACGUAUCGGAGAUCCUGCGGAUAUACCUGUAUGCCGUGGCACAUGGUGAAGUUCGGCAGCAGAGUGGAAUUAAUCUGGAGCGGGAAAGGGAACGGCACCAUUUACCGACGGAGGAAGACAUCAAGACUGCCAGUGAUAAGAAUAGGCAGUUCUAUGAACUGCUUUCGGAGAACACCAGGUACAAGUUGUCCGAGUUGCUGAAGGACAAACCGUUUGUGUCCAUAAAUCCGGCAACGAAGGCACAGAUUCUAGCCAUGUUGUGCAACGAUUUGCUGCUGAACAAAGCCGUCUGCAAGCAGAUCGAAAGCAGUCUGGAGACUCAGGCUCAGUUGAAAAAGGAUCGUUACGUGUUAGAUAACAAGAUAAGGAAAUACAAGAUGCUUGUGGCCAGGAAACAGAGGAUUGAGCAGUACGAAAAAGCUCAAGCUGCUGCUUUGGAGAAGUCACUUUCGAUGAAGGCGGCUGAGGAGGCCAAGAGAGCAGAAGAAGCCGCUGCUGCUGCGAAUGCUGAGAAUAUUUCGACGAAUCCUACCGAUCCACAAGAGCAGCCUGAGCAACCACAAUCAGGGGAGGAGAAGACUGAAGGAGUGACAGAGAAUGCCGAAGAGACGACAACUGUCCCAGAAGUGACACAAACGACAGCUCCAAUUCCGGAACCGGAACAAAAUCACAAAGAUGAUGCUCCUCUAACCUCCAGCCAAGAACCGCUCAACAACGGAAUGAGUGUUACAACGGAUGAAAGUCCAAUCAAGGCACCACCCACACCGAUGCACGAUGAUUCAAUGAUGAAGUCGAAGGAUAUGAGCUUCAACGAGAUGAGCGACAUGUCCGGGCUGAAUGUUUCUCAACAGCCAUCGGCAGCCAACGAUACGGACAAUCCAUUUUCCAAAUCCAUGAUCCAUGACGCACCAAGCGAGCGAAAUGAUGACGACAACAGUGAUCUGGAAAGUGAAGGCACGCAGUUGGAAGAAGACGAAGAUGCUCAACUAACAGCCGAAGAGGCGCAACGGAAGUAUGAACGAAUCCUGGAAACAUCGUUCCAAAAUAAGCAACAGCUGGAGCACGCUUUGAAUCAACUACGGGUGAAAUGUUACGGCCAGGAUCGCUACUGGCGCCGUUACUGGAAUCUCUCUAAGUGUGGCGGAAUCUACGUCGAAGCAAUGGAAUCCGCUCAGCAAGACAUGUACAAAUACGAAAAUGCUCUCGAGGAGCUACAUGCUAGUCAGGAAUCGGCAUCCGCCGAAGAAUCAGCUGUACCUGAAACAGCUCCGGCAGAAGAACCAAUGGAGGUAGAGAUUCCACUGGAGGACGACAUUCCCCGAUUUAUUCCGACGAUUGCCGACAUCGUGAAGCGUGAUCGUGACAAAAAUAAAGAAAACAAAGAUUCGAAUGACUUCCCGCAUCACAUCGGAUUGGAGGAACGCAAGCGGAAACGUUCCAACAGGAGUAGGAAGAAACACGAGUUCUUCAAUCAGGAGAACGCCAACGACAGCGAGUCGCAGGAUGUUCAGGAAGAGGAUAAUUCCCGAACCAGCUUCAGCAACUGCGAAGAAACCCGGACCGAUUCUCAAUCGGAAGCGGAACCCCAGUCGCAGCCCAUGCCAAUGCCGGUGGACGAUUCCCACAAGAUGCAGCCUGUGAUGGCGAUGCCGCAAGUUCAGGAACCUCCAGUUCCAGCUCCCAUCCAGUUGGGCGCCAAGAAGAAACGCGACGAAGACCACCUGAUGGACAUUGAGGAUUCCAUUCCGACGGCGAUCCUAGUACAAAAGGGUAACAAUCAUGACGAAACCAAGAUUGUCGAGGUGAACAAUCAAAUUGGAGGCGUGAAUGUGAACCGACAGCAGGAUGAUGGAGAUGUCCAAUUGAUUCAGGAGGAAACCCCAACAAUCACCAUUCCGGACGACGACACCCAAGAUGGCGAAUCACACCGGCAUGAAAGCGAUCAGAUGACAACCGACAAUCCCUCCAUGAUGUCGUCAGCUAACGGUGGAAAUGGAAGCAACUGUGAUAUUAAGCCAAAGCUGGAGAACGGUGAAAUCGGUGGCUCCGGUGGCGAAAUGGGUGAAAUCAUCGGUGCUGGUGGACAGGAUGUCGAAAUGGGCGAAAUUAAAGACCAGAAGCUGAUCAAAUACGAGUUCAAGAGAGACGACGACUGCUUGAUGGAACGGUGGUUCUCGAUUGUGGAUAAGGAUCUUCCGCUGAGCAGCACAGAGUGUCCCCUUCCUUCGCUCAAAGGAACCACUCCGGCUGCGAUGGCCCGCCAAGUGUAUACGAACAUCACCUGUAAGGAAAUCUGCCAAUCUCAGGGUAACCGGUGGGAUAUCGGCAAUAACAUCCAAUUCUUCAGCGUUCCCCUCGAGAAAGGAGUUGAGAUUCUUUUCAAAAAUGAAUCCUUCCUGUCUUUGUCCGGUUUGAACGAAGAAGAAAUGAAUGAUGUAAUCGCGAAACGGGUCAAGAAAGAUCCGGAACAGCUGGCUGAUUUGAAGCCACAGCUAAUACCGGUAACGCCAAAGCGGGAAUCAACCGACGAUAGCCACUCAGAUAUUAAAUCCGAAAUGAAGCAAGAGGGUGAAUCAGAAGAAUUCGGAUCCUUCUCUCUUCCAGCUUACAUGACACUUACGUUAAGUAAUCUGACUGCCUAUGUGCAAUGUGAUCAGUUCCAACCACUGCAAAUGACUCCGGAAGAGGAAAAGCAAAUGGAAGAGAUCAAAACGCGUGGCUUCCUAAAGAAACCGGAUGUCAAGCCUGUCCCGAAAGACUUCCGACAUGGCUGGUGGAAAAUCAACGACAUUGACGAGUUGAACGAACUGAUCAAGUCGCUCAACCCACGGGGAGUGAGAGAACGGAAUCUCCGGCAGAAUUUGCUUGAAUCUCUAUCGGAGGGUGUGAACCUCAGCACUCCCUAUCCAAUUUCGCACCUAGACGAACCCACCCCACAAAACAGUUGGGCGGAAACGGAAGCGUGGAACUCCUGGCGUCCUGCCAUUGCUCGAAGGGUGGAAGUUGCGCUUCUCGACCAGAUCGAAGCCAUGGAAGACAAGGUGGCUUCGGCUUCGAUGCAAAUCAAGGGCUGGCAAAUGCCCUCGCGGGAUGGCGACAAUGAAUCCGAAGUCGCCGAAGAGGUUACGAUUGAUUUGCUACGGGAGCGCAUUGCCGGGCUGGAGGCGGCUAUCGAGAGGCGCUAUCUCAAGCCGCCACUGGGAAUCAACACAACGGAAGCACAAAUGGCCGUCAUUGCACAACAGGAACAUCACCACUCAAUGGCAAACUCCUCAACCUGCUCAAACAGUUCGGAGGAUGAAAACAUUCCGAAAGGUCUUGUGUCCUGGCGCGACGCAGUCGAACGAUCGGUCACUACCGCCCAGCUAUCGAUGGCUUUGUACGUGCUCGAAUCGUGUGUCGCGUGGGACAAGAGCAUCAUGAAGGCGAAUUGCCAGUUCUGUCAGUCGGGUGAGCAGGAGGACAAGCUGCUGCUGUGUGAUGGGUGCGAUCGGGGCUACCAUACGUACUGCUUCAAGCCACGCAUGGACAAGAUUCCCGAUGGCGAUUGGUACUGCUUUGAGUGUAAGAAUAAGGCUACCGGGGAUCGGAAGUGUAUAGUCUGCGGCGGUUUGCGACCGCCCCCUCUAGGUAAGAUGGUCUACUGUGAGUUAUGCCCUCGCGCGUACCACCAGGACUGCUAUAUUCCACCUCUCUUGAAGUAUCCUCGCGGAAAGUGGUACUGCCAAAACUGCAUCUCGAAAGCACCACCCAAGAAGAAACCCACGCGAAAGCCACCAAAGGACAAACACAACUCAUCAUCGUCGCAGCUCAACCAGUCCAGUCUGAGCAACCAGUCGGCGAACCACUCGCUAAAUUCCUCCCACGAAGAAAUCCCACCUUCGACGCCGACGCCCGGAAUGCCAGUUACGCCACUGUCCAAUUCAGGUUCCAAUAUCAAUUCCACCCCAUUAAGUCCAGCACAUUCAGUAGCAUCCACGACCCAUGAAGAGCCGUCGUCCUCGUCGACUGUGCCCGCCAGCCAACCGUGUUCAACAUCGAUGCCAUUGCAGCCAGAUUUCAGUCAGCACCAGCAGCAGCAACUCCAACAAAUGCAACAUCAGCAGCCCCAAGCCAUUGCCUAUCCACAGCAACCACCCCAAUACGCCAAUCUCGAGGGAACGCCGGUAUCCGGCAUGCUGAAUAGUUUCCAACUGCCACAACCGGUGGCUAACAAUUACGAUCCUCAACAACAGUAUCAGCAGUACUAUCAAUCUCAGCAGCAACAUCACCAGUAUUACCAGCAGUACAACUCAUUCGCACAGCAGCAACAGCCUCACCAAGAAUCUCAUCUUUUUCAACCGGCCAGCAGUGGGGGAAAUGUCCCCAACGACCACAGCAGCAGCAUGGACAACAGUCUAAACAUUUCCAUAGGCAGUAACGAUGGUUCACAGUUCGACGGUCAUCAGACGCCCCACCAGCAGCCCUGCCAGGACAACAGCAGCAUUGCCACGUCCACGCCAACAUCGGGCUCGGCUGGAUCGGCCGAGUACUAUUCGCCUUCGAGUGCCAAUGCGUGCGCUUCCGGGUCCGGAUACGAUUCGGAGAAGCACAUCGAAUCGUGCGAGGAGCAGAUGCAACCGAACGCACUGAUAAGCGGAGGAGGCGGUAGCAGCAGCAGUAGCAGUAGUUCGCACAAAUCCGACAAAAAGGACAAGAAGGAACGGGACGAAGCUAAGGAGCAGGCCAAGAAGGAGAAAAAGGCCACCAAAAAGCUCAUGAAGGAGCUAGCUCCGUGCAAGACCGUUCUGGAGGAGAUGGAGGUGCACGAAGAUUCCUGGCCCUUUCUGCUACCGGUAAACACCAAACAGUUCCCCACGUACCGCAAAGUCAUCAAGUACCCGAUGGAUUUGUCGACCAUCAAGAAGCGCCUACAGGAUAUGGUUUACAAAUCCCGCGAUGAUUUCAUCACCGACGUCCGGCAGAUCUUCGACAACUGCGAAAUGUUCAACGAGGACGACUCUCCGGUGGGGACAGCCGGCCACGGGAUGCGCAAGUACUUCGAGCAGCGUUGGGCCGAACUCACCGAGAAGCACACGUCAUGAUGUCACGCUACCGGUGGAGCGGUAGCAUCAUCGGGUGGAAUGUCAGGGUCGUCGGCAACGACGGUCCAGGAGGGAUCGGGUGCUGCUCCUAUAGAAGCAGCUGAAUAUCAGCAAACGGUGCUGGGGAUUGAGGAGAACGAGGAGCCAUUGGCGCCAGAGGAGUUGAUCGGGCAACAGAGGGAUCAGAAGAAAGAUGAAGCAGGUUUGGCAGAGUCGUCCAAGGCGAUCGUUGCGGCAAUCCUCAACCAGGACAAUCUGGAUGAGACCGAUGCGGCGUUGAUGAUAGGAGAAGACGAAAUAAUGAACUAAAUAGUUGGAACAGCUUGAGUGCGAUGUGCCGGUUUGAUUUUAUGAACGAUGAUUUUCCUUAGGUUAGUUUGUUUUCGUGUAUUAUAGAGAAUCUCGCCAAGCGAGACCGCAUUACUAUUUCUGACUGUGUAAGGAAAAUACCUACCAAUGCAGUAUUUUUACGUUCGAUGUUCGUCUUUUUUAUUGGGCGAAAAUUAAAACUCGUUGAGUAAAACUGCAGAAUUGUUUUAAGUUUUUAGAGAAAAGAAAAACUUUUCAGUAUUCAGAAGAAAAGGAUUUGGAGCUGUUCUGAAUGACACGUGCGAGAAGAGAUAACUUUUGACGAAACUUUGGAAAGCAUUUUUGGAGUAAGAUCAAAAUUAUUUAAAUAAAAAAAAAAAUAUCGAAAAUCAUAAACUCAAAACAUUAACUUAAAUGUAUUCAAACAAGAAAAUAGACUGUUUUACAAAUAAUGAAAACGAUAACUUAUUAUUCUAGAAAACUCCCAUUCUACUUUAACAUUAGCGGUUCGCAAACCCAACAUUAUAGUACUAAAAAAACAUGAGAUAAACCCUCUGAAUUGCAUCAAAUUUAGAAGCAUCGAAAAAAAGUAUUUCUACUCUUCAACUCACGAUGGGUCCUGAUUGUCAAAUAAUAAAAUUCGGAUCACAUUAAGUAGGAGAACAAAAUUCGUGGUGUAGUGGAGCCUACGUUUAUAUUUUUUGCCUCCAUGGACUUCAUUUCCCUCUCCCAAAACGAUUAGAAUUACACAAACUAAAAUUAUGCAACUAGUGAAAUCUCCACUCUUGAGCUGUCUUCUCAGGGCAGGGGAGGAUUCCGAUUUUCGGAAUGACUUGCUUCGAGGUGACCGCGCCUAACGCAGAGGAAAUAAACUAAUCUGUAAAUAGUAGUACUUAGUUACGCGAUUCGUAGCGUUAAGUGCAAAAGAGAAAGGGUUUUAAAAGAGCAAAAAGGGGAGGUCUAUUUAUAUGAAGGAAUAAACCGCAUAACACAAUACACGCAUUCUAAUCAAAUCACGUUUUGUUUGACAGAAUUUCAUUAAAGGAAAGAAAGUGAUAAAUCAAGUAGAGGGAUGAUUCGUUUUCGACUGAGUUUUGAUUUCCCCUUUUCGAUUUCGUGCGGUCCUUUCGAAUCUUUGUAAACUCCCGCCGAAGCGAUUUCCUGAGUUCCCAUUUGCUGGAUUUACUACAUAGAGGAACAAUAUUUAUAUACCGAGAGGGGGGGGGGGGUGGGGAAUGGGAUGAGAAAAAAAAAAGUAGAAGAGCAGCUACAUUGUAAAAAAAACAGCAAUGAAUAGUUAACUUUUGAAAAAGUUUUAGGUAUCCUGUCCUGUAGCAUGCGAAGAGCAUCAAAGCCCAAUUAUCGCAGUAGUGAUUCAAUGUGAGUAUAUUAAUGAAUGUCCAUGUACUGAGUAACCUGUAAAACUGGCUAGUGUGUUAAAAAAGCAACUAACUAAUCAAGCUCGCUAGAAAGACGUUAGGCGUGCUCAUACCAACAUCUGCGAUUGGCUAAUUUGAUAACAAUUUUAUUUGUAUCGGAAGACAAAGAAUGCGCUACAAAUUCAUUCAUCGCUGUGUAUCGCUUUUUGUACUCAUAGGAAUAUUCAAAUCCACAACACGUCCUUUAAGUUUUAUGAUUACUAGUAUAUGAUAUGUUUGUGUCACAAUCCCCUACUGGCCGACCUGUGCGGUGUAGAAUGAAGAUAAUUACGCGAAUGAAACGAACAGUAAUGUUGAUAUAUAUGACAUGUGUACAUAUUUCGACUAGAAUUUGCGAGUAAGGUAAUACAAAUAAAAUUGCGUAGAAUAAAAUUAUGGAUGAAUAUUA